AUGAGAGGAAUCGUCCAACAUGUAGGAGAUAUUGCAAUCCUAGUGGUUCUAUCGACAGCUCAGAUAUCACAAGCGAUGGAUACGAGUACUGUCAUAUCCAGAUGGGGACAUGCAGCGGCUUACAUUCCUUCGCCUCCGACUUUGGUUAUUCAAGGAGGUAAAACCGAUCCUUCUUCUUUAUACACUUACUCUUCUUCUCCCAAUACUGGUGAAACCCUUCUUCUCCCUCUUGAUUCCGGAUUUGCAUCCUCAUACGCGCCUAUCACUUCACUCGAAACUCCCUCUGCACCCACAUCAGCAUGGCAUACUCUCAGCGCUCUCUCUUCUUCCGAUGGUUCAUGGCAGCUACUUUAUUUUGGUGGCGACGGAGGAACAAGUGAACCUGUGCAAACGGGCUAUGAUUCGUCUUGGAUAUCGUCUAUAAAUCCUUCUGGACCAACAGCCAGCUUUACAAGACAAGCAAGUGGGAAUGGGCAACCUAUGCGAAGGAUAUAUCAUUCUGAUUCCUCAGCGAAUGGGAAAGUCUAUAUCUCUGGUGGAAUGAAAGAUGACGGAUCAGGAGCGACAUUUUCAGAAGUCUACAUAUAUGACUCGUCCACGACUACUUUCUCAUCAUUACCUAGCCUUCCUAUAGGACUGUAUCACCACUCGUCCAUGCUUCUACCAAACGGCACUCUAUUAGCUCUGGGAGGAGCUUAUACGUCUCCUGUUACGGGAGGAGCGGCACUUCAAUCAUACUCGACUAUCUACUCUCUCGACACCUCCUCUUCAUCUCCGACUUGGACUGCGAUACAUACGAGUGGGAAUGUGCCAGAAGGCAGAAGGGGUGCUAGUGUAGUCUUGAAUGACGAUGGAAACAAAGCUUUUCUAUUUGGAGGUGCGGAUGCCGCUUUGGGAGAAGUGUAUGGUGAUGGAUGGGAAUUUGAUUUGGGUAAUUGUGCUUGGAAACAGGUCACUACUAGUGAUUCAAGUCCAGGAGCGCGAUACGAUCACAUAGCCGUGGGAGUCGGUGGAAACCAAGUGGUCAUCUUUGGAGGCUACAGUGAUGGUAAACCUGCUGAUUCCUUCGUCCAUAUCUGGGACAUCUCUUCGAACUCCUGGAAGAGCGAUUUUGCGCCUGUUAUUUCAACUUCAACAUCAACUACAGCAACGUCCCCAGGUGGUAAGUCGCCCAUCAUUAGCGGUGCUUCUACUUUAUAUAUUCCUGGGACAAAGGCGAUAUCUUCAUCAGGAUCGGGUACCACAGUCUCGAGUGCGAAUGUCCCGUCAUCCUCGUUAUCUACAUCCUCCACACCUACCUCCAUGCCUACCGACGCAGGAGCGCAUAGCCAUCCUCUCACUACGCCUAUCCGGAUCGGCUUGAUCCUUGGUAUACUAGCUUUCGCGGCAGCGAUCUUAGGUUUAUGCCUGUGGAGGUACAAGCGGAAACAAAAGCAGAGACAAUCCGAAGUCGCCUCUUCCCAUUGGCCAAGUAACGGUCCACGAGGUCGGACGCCGUCUCGCCCUUAUGGAUCAAGAGAGAAAGGCGGGCAAGGCUUUAUGGAGGACCUUGCAACGGAAAAGUAUAUCGAAGGUGGAUAUGAAGUCUGGGGAUUGAGAGAAAAGGGGGCUUCUAUAGGUUUAGGAAUGGGUGCUAUCGGAGCGACUUUGCAUAGCAUUUCUAGCAAAUUCAGUGGCAAGAAGGAGGACCCUUAUGCAGAAUUAGAUGAUGAACAAGCAGAGGAGCUAGGUGGACCUUUGAGAAAGUCAUCGAGAAGAAUAGGAGAUGGUAUCAGAUUACUUGGGCCUAGACCUCAGCGUGAAAAAUCGCUGUACUACUCUCCUGAGAAACCUGUUAGACAAGCUAGUAUUAUUCGGAAUUCAAGAAUCGACAUGUUCAGGAAGGAGGACGAAAUCCAAGCUGGUCCUAGUGGAAGAGCGGAAGAAGAGGAAGAUUGGGUCUGGGAUUCAGAUGGAAGUGAGAGAAACUGGAAAUCUGCAAAGUCAUUAUUGAACCGACGAUCAGAUGAAGAAGAUCCAUUCGAUGAUGGUCCGAUCUUACCUCCCCUUCGAGGUGGUCCUGUACCCACUCCCCACGAAUCAAGAAGUGAUCUAGGUACUUUUGACGAAAUCGUCAGUAUGUCAAAUCCUUAUUCUGAUUUAUCGAGGAACUCACAUUCAGAGUUAUCAAGAAAUCCGUAUUCCGAUGUUUCCAGAAAUAGAUUAUCAACUUCUUCACACGACCCAUCAUUGGAAUAUCAUUUACCAAGUUUGUCCCCAUCCGAUCCAUUAGAUUUGGCAGGGCUAUUAGUCCCGCCCGGGGAUGGUAAAAGGUAUUCACAAUCUUCUAUGCCUGUUUCCGCUCGUUCUGGAAAAUCGGGUCAAUCCAACGCUUUAUCCGAUGCGGAAGAAGGAAUUAUUUCGGAAGCACGUUACAUACACUCUCAGUCACCAACAUUAGUAUCUCCUUCGGAAGUAGCUUAUGUACCUAUCAAAAGAAGUGAAUCCUUCUUCCGUCGAAUGGCUGCUGGUGGUAUCACAUCACUUCUCUCUUCAAACAAACCAACACCUCCACGGAAAGAACUUGAUAUCCGAGAUCCUGCACCUCAACCUACAUUAUGGCCUGUCAUCUCUAAUGAUGAGUUGAACUCCUCACCGAUCUCACCUAAUAGCAAUCAUCCUCCUACAAGCUGGAAAGCCGAUACUCUAGGGCUACCCUCCAGUCAAGGUAAAGGACCUAGUCUCUCUUCUUUGAAUUCAGCAAGAUCAAUGAGGGAUAUGGUACUCAUUCAAAGGGAGAUGUCCAGUUCGUCAGUGGAAAGUCAAGCUCUCAUCGAACGUUCAUCUCCUAUUCAUAGUAGAAACGUUUCCGAGACCACAGUGAUGAGAGCGGAAGAAAGUGAUUCUCUAUCGCCUUUACCAUCUGAGGUAUCUUCUCUCCCUGCUCGACCUAAUGGAGCGGGACAUUGUCGACAACCUAUGGGAUUUGAAACUCCGGGAGAAAUCGUAUUCAACGGUGCGGAUUUCGCUUCACCGCCUAUCUUACCAAUCAACGAGUUUGGCCCUCGUCUAUCUCCAGCUCCAAGAUUCAUUGACAAUGAUGGUGGAACGGGACCCCACAUACAAUCAGUACUCCCUGUAACUCCGACGCGUGAUAGAUUCAUCUCGUUGAACACACCCUCGAUCGAUGAAUCUUCGUUACCUCCUUCUGGCUCACCAAUCCCCUCACCUCUUGUUCAACAUCGCAGACCGGUAAAAGAUGUCGUCAAUUCCAUCAACAAACGUGGUGGAUCAACACCUUUCAGCUUAUUAUCUCCAAUGUCAAAUUAUUCUCCAAUGGUAGAUAGAAAAUUGUCUUCUGAUUUCACUGGAUCAUCAAACCGACCAUCUUCCAUAGCUGAAGAUCCGUUCAGAUCGCCUGAAACGACUCCGAAACCAAAGGAAAAGAGAACUAUCCUUCAGGAUUCCCCGACACUGGGAAGAUCGCUGACUCCGACAGUAGCGAUCAUGGGAAAGAGAAACUUGUCGGGAUCAGGAUCAGGAUCAGGAGAGAAAAGGCCUACUACGAUGUGGGAAGUGAUCAAGAAAGAACAGCUGAAAGUAGCUAAUCCAGAUCAAAGGAAGGUUGGUGGGAAAGCGGAAGGAAGUUGUUCGUCUAGUCGAGGGUGA